UCCCCCGACACCGACCACGAGCUCGCAAACCCGUCCCGUCCCAAGUCUAAAAAGACACAAAAGCGCAAAUACCGCGCAACCGACACCACAAACUUCGGCGCCACCCUCCAGUCCCUCCUCUCCACCGACGCCCCCUCCGCCCUCCCGCUCUCCCUCAAGCCCUCCGUCUCCCGCAGGCAGAACGACGCAAAGCUCGAGCUCAAGGCACGCAGGGUCCUCAAGUCCGAGAAAAAAGACAAGGAGGACAAGGGCCGCGUGACAGACGUCAUCGGCGGUUGGGGCGGCGAGACCGAGCGCGCCCUCCGCAAGGUCGCCCAGAGAGGCGUUGUCAAGCUCUUCAACGCCAUCCAGCAGUCGCAGGCCUCCGCCGCCGUCGCCGCAGAGGAAACAAAAGCCGCGCGCGGGUCGGGCAAGCCCACGCUCCCCGCUCCCUUGCUCGACCCAAAGUCGAAAACAAAAAACAAGGGCAAGAACAAGGACAACCCCCUGGGCAGAGGCAAAGAGACCGCGCUCGAUAAGGACGACUUCCUCGACAUGAUCAGGUCAGGCGGGAUCGUAUCAAAGUCGUGA